UACCGCUGAGACGGACGAGUGAAAGUAAACAAGCGAUCGUUUUUGUAGCGCUGUGUUCUCUUGGGAGGGAUGGUUCGCGUAUAAAUUUGAUUAGCAAAUCGUUGUGGGAUGUGCUAACGAAAGACAGCGUGCCUGAAGAGCGACAUGUCGAUUUUGAUUCGUCUUGUAUGAGCUGUCAGAGAUGGACCAAGAGAUGGACUCCCAAAAAAGUGUGACGGCUGAAGUCAAGCCAGAGGAGGUGACAGACGAUAUUGCAAAAACAAGCCAAACCGAUGAAAAAGAAUUGUUUGAUUCGCAGUUAUCUGACACUACAAAGGACGGUGCGCCAACAGAGAGCACAUGCGAUGACGUAGCCUCUCAGACGUCAAUGGACUGCGGAUCUGCAAGUGAGCUGGAUGACUCUGUCCUCGUAUGUGACAGGGAUAAGCCAGCUCUGACACACUGUUCCAAUGGGCAGAAAUCUCAGAGGCCCAGCUCACCCAGUUCCCACCAUGUUAAAACCUUUUCUGUCGAUUCAACUCCAAAGUCUGUCUGUCUUAGUACCAAGAAGGUGACAAAUACACUGAGUGAGGUGGAGAUGCACAGCCCCGACAGUCCGGUUUGCAAAAACAUGAUCGUCAAUAACUGUGAGGACAAGGCUUGUGAUGGCAGUAAUCUUCCGGAUGACUCUGGCUCUGCCAAGGCUCCAGUGGAAUCCCGGCAAAGUUAUAAAGAAUCUGAUCCCGGAAGUUUGGCUGAAGACAAAGUCCAUCUGGAUGCCAUUGGAAGUAAAGAUGCUGAGAUGGCAGAAUGCAGCGGCUCAUCUAGUAUGAGCCAGGAUUUAUUGAACAGCCACUCAAGUGCAUUUCCUGAAAGCGUUUCAUGUGCAUUACAUAAUAUGGACAAAAAAUGGCUGGGAACACCCGUAGAUGAUCUGAACAGAGUACCGCUGUGUUCGCCUCAUCUUUCUCACCUUAAAGUAGCACCUAAUCACACGGUCACAGUCAGGACAGACCUCCUCAGGGAGGGAGAAAUCCCUAUCCCGUACCCCACCAAGUUCAGAGAUGCCUGGGAUGAUGUGUCAGUGAAAAUGCCCUGCUCUGAGAAGAAUCUGUUUCCGAUGGAGACUGAGGAUGGAGGUGGUAUCCAGAGUCGGUGGGAGCUCAUUCAAACAUCUCUGCAGGGAGGUUUCAAAAGUUCCCUGGAUGUGAGGGAUGCUAUAUUGAGGUAUAACAUAGCCCACGCAAAGAAAUGGGACUUCACUGCCCUCAAUCUUCUUUGCACAGAGUACCUUGAGCAUUGUGAGGCGCAACACCUGUUUGAGGUCAUACUACCUGCCAUGGUCGACCUGGCACUCAGCGCCCCUCGCCUCUGCACAAUGCCAAUCCCUCUCUUGAAGUCGAGGAUGAACCAUUCCCUGACUCUGUCUCAGGAGCAGAUCGCCUGUCUUCUGGCCAACGCCUUCUUCUGCACAUUCCCCCGACGCAACUCCCGCAAGUCGGAGUACGGCAAUUAUCCCGAGAUUAACUUCUACAGGUUGUUCGAAGGUACCUCAUUAAGAAAGGUAGAAAAAUUGAAAACCCUGCUGUGUUACUUCAGAAGAGUUACACAACACCGACCCAAAGGUCUCGUAACAUUCACCCGACAAGCACUGAACAAUCCUCCAGACUGGGAAAGCUCUCAGACUCUGCUGACACGGCUACAUAUCACUUGUGAAGGUAGAAUUGAGGACAACGGAUAUGGAAUGUUGCAGGUGGACUUUGCCAACAGGAUGGUUGGCGGCGGAGUUACCGGACACGGACUGGUUCAGGAAGAAAUCAGGUUCAUCAUCAACCCUGAACUCAUUGUCUCUCGCCUCUUCACCGAAGCUCUGGAGCACAAUGAAUGCCUUAUCAUCACAGGGACUGAACAGUACAGUGAAUAUACAGGCUAUGCGGAAUCUUACAAAUGGAAGUGCAGCUACAAAGACGAAACACCCAGGGAUGACUGGCAGAGAAGAUGCACUGAGAUUGUGGCCAUCGAUGCCCUCAAGUACCGGCAUUUUCUCGAGCAAUUUAUCCCCGAGAAGAUGACUCGAGAACUUAACAAGGCGUACUGCGGCUUCUAUCGGCACAACGCCAACGUCAAGGAGCUCUCUGCGGUGGCCACGGGCAACUGGGGCUGCGGCGCUUUCGGUGGAGACACGCGGCUCAAAGCACUGAUCCAGCUCAUGGCGGCCGCGGAGGCCGGCAGAGACGUGGCGUACUUCACCUUCGGCGAUGCUCAGCUCAUGAAGGAGGUCCACAAGAUGCACUCGUUCCUCACUGAGAGGAGAGUCCGCGUCGGUCACAUAUACAGCCUUCUGAACCAGUACUUUGACGUGGCCUGCAAAAACUGCCGCUCAACCCGACCCGACAUCAGUCUCUACAAUUUCAUCUACGAGAGAGUCUCCCCCGCCGCACCGGCCGGCGCUCCGAACACCGUCAAGGACUCCGAGGCGUCGCCCGCAAAGCCGGACCCUCAUUAACGGGGAGGGCAGCGGAAUCCGCCCUUCGUUCCUCCUUGCCUCUCUCCGGGUUUCAGAACCUUCAGCGUGCGCUCAGUCUCGUGCUUACAAUCACGUUCUCUCUCACACAGACACUUCCCUUUAAGUUUGUGAUCCCAGCACACAAACUACCAAAACACAGUUAUGCCUUUUCUCGCUGGUGGUAUUAUAGGAACCUCGUAGUGCGACGCCAGAUGUGGUGAAACAAUUCAGAGACUUAUAGCAAUAGUAAAUCCUGGUUGCUGUUUGGCCUUUCUUUAGUAUAAAUGUUUUUUUUUUUUAACUUACUAAUUAAAAACAUCGCCAAAUACUCAUAUGCAUGGUUGUAAACCAUUUUCACUACUGAUAAUCCAGGAAAUGAUAAUCCCGCCUGGUUAUCUCGUCUUCUAUUUUGUUUGCUUCUUUUUGAAUGAGUUGUCGUCUUGAUGCGGCGUUACGCCCAGGCUGAGGUGAGGCAGAGAGAAGCUGAGACGCCAUACUGUAGUCUAUGCAUGGAUCACAUUUAUUUAUCAGAUACUCACAUAUAUGCUGCUCUUUUAUAUCCUCUGCAAUGUUGGAGUCCAUCAUACAUUCUCCCACGAAGUCUUAUUUUAUUAGGAGUAACAUAUAGGAAAAAAAAAACAGAAAAGGUAUGAGAAUCAUCUCGGGUGACGCAGAUAGACUACGUUCUGGUUGAAGUAUGAAUAACUUUCAUUUUCAUAUAGUUUCAGUAUUAAGCACAGUAUCGCUACUGUAUUAACAAGUGACGGCGGAGAGGAUUAAAAAAUUGCACGAAUUGCAUUUUUGUUAAUGUUUUUAAUCAGCAUUUAUUUUUGGGAACGUGUUUAUGGCCUUUCAUUUAGUUUUUUUUUUUUUUUUUUUUUUUUUUUUCCUGAUUGAGAGUGUGGGUUGUAUUUAUUUGACGGGUUCCUAAAUAGAUCAGUUGAUGUAAAUGUAUUACAUAGUACUGUACGUUAGGUUUUGGGUUGUACUAUUUUUAUCAUAAUUUCUUAAUUAAAGUA